AUGAGCUUAGCAAAUUGGUUGGCUGAACUGUCUACCGCCUCUACUCUGCAUGGACAUUCUUUUUUCUGCACGAAUUCACAGCCAACCCCGUGGUGUCGACCACACGUGUUCAGCCUCAUUUUAGCCAUCGUCUGGCAUAGGGCAACGAGACAGGUUUGGGGUCAUGUGACACGCACGAAGGAACCGAUUUCAUCUCGAUCCUUUCGACCGAGCUCGGAAGCUGUCCACUUUUUCGCCCAUCGUCACAGCGGGAGUGUGUGCCAACCGAAGCGUGAAGCUGUGUUGGUGGGCCUCAUGGACCUGGCCCAGAGGGCUUGA